AUGCAAUAAAUAUCUUAAGUAGGAUAAAAUGAGUUUUAUCAAUUUUACUUACUAUAUAAGAAGGUAAAGUCUUUUCUUUAGAAAAUUAGGUAAAUCCUAAUUUAAUGUUGAAAUCACUUAUGAAGGUAAAGACUAAAAAUUUACUUAAGAAUAGAGCUUUUAUUUAAAUCUAAUAAAUAUAAAAAAAUGAAAAAAUUAAUUUACUUAUCAAACAAAAAAUUAAUGAUCUUUUAAUUGAAUUUAAUUAGAUGAAACUCAAUGUUAAAUUAAUUAAGAAUAAAAAUUAUAUAAUUGCAUCAAUUUAACUUGAUUUUUUUUAAAUAGUUUAAAAAGUCGAAAUUUAAUAGAGAAACAAAAUAUCACUUUAAUUGUGCUUUAAUGUAAGUUUUGAUAUAUCGAUUUAGAAAGAUAAAAUAAUUUUUUUAUAAGAUUUGUCAUAUUAAAAAUAAGAAGACACUCUGGAACCCGUACAAAAUUAAAAGUAAAAACAAAAUUAUAAUAUCCUAUAUACUGAUGGUGUUAAACAUAUAAUUUUAGAGGAAAUUCCAUUUAAUGUAGUCAGUUAAACUUAUGGAUUUGAUUUAAUCAAAAAUGUUUUAAAAGAAUCAAUAAUAAUUCCUCAAUAAUUUCCUAGUAUAUUUUGUGGAAAUUUAACCUUAUUAGGGAGUAUUGUUAUUUGGACAUCUAGAUCAGGAAAAUUAUCAAUAAUUUAAUUGGGUUGCAACAAGAUUUAGGGAACUUUAUAAAGAAUAAAUUUUAAAGAUUUGUUCUCAAUUUUUUUAAAGAAUUAAAUAGUGAUAUAAUAAUUAUUUACAAAGCUAGAUAGAAUAAACCUUUAAUAAUUCAUAUAAAAAAUGUUGAUUUUAUAAGAGGUAAUUCAGAAAAGGAUCAAAGUAGGGAUUUAUAAGAAGGAAAAUCUUAGUUUUUUAUUGAGGUUUUGA